GAUAAUACAAAGUAAACAUUAUAAUCUGAAGUUCUUACACUAUAUGAUACAUUUUUUUAAAAAUAAUUAAUGAUAAUACAAACUUACUACCUAUCAAUGCUGUGGUCUAAAACAUAGUAUUAAUAUUUAUUGAUAUUCGCGUUCAUCGAUAAACUCAGUGCUCUUCGUGUGUACAACAGCGUUACAUCGCAUUUAUUUUCCCUUAUGUAUUUUUUUCGCAUUAAUUUGGCUUCAUUGCUUCCUAUUGACAUCCAGUGACUUGUUACAUAACUAAAAGAUCUCCGAUAAAUAUUUCAUUACACGGAAAUAAAUACAACUGUAAACAAUGCCUCUAUUCUACAGUGUUGUUGCUAGAGGAAUGGUAGUACUUGCAAAGCAUGCUAAUUAUCAAGGAAAUUUUGGAGAAAUUUUAGAAGGUGUUUUAAUUCAAAUUGGACCAGAAAACAAGAAACAGAGUCUUUUACAUGAUCGAUAUCUCUACCAUUAUAUUUGUGAAGAUCAAAUUAUUUAUAUGUGCAUCACUGAUGAUGAAUUCCAAAGAUCAAAAGCAUUUUUCUUUUUGAAUGAAAUAAAGCGUAGAUUUCAAGCUACUUAUGGUCAACGAGCAUACAGUGCUAUAGCUUAUUCUAUGAACUCUGAAUUUGCUCUUAUACUUGCAUCAGAAAUGAAAAGAUUUUCAAGUCAUAGUGAGUAUGAUACAUUAUCAAAAGUUCAUGGAGAAUUGGAUGAACUUAAGGACAUAAUGGUUCGAAAUAUUGAUAAUGUAGCUCUGCGGGGAGAAAAACUUGAGUUAUUAGUUAAUAAAACUGAAAAUUUGUGUUCUCAAUCUAUGAAUUUUCGAGUUCAGAGUCGAACUCUUCAAAGAUCUCUUUUUUGGAAAAAUGUCAAAAUAUAUGUUAUACUUAUUCUAAUUGGAAUUGGUAUAAUAUACUUUUUUGCUGUUUUCUAUUGUGGAUCACUCACUCUUGAUUGUAGUUGAUUUAUUUUUUAAAUUAUUAUAUUUCCAUCACAAAAAUAUAUUUAAAAAUUUGUAUCAAUAUACUUCCAUAAAUUCACAAAUACUUAGCUAUAAAUACUUAAUAAUUAUUAAUUUUUGAUAUAUAUAUAUAUACUGUUUUUAAUCUUCUUAC